UCCCCGGCGUUCCUUCCUACUUAAACACAGGCUGGGGCUGGAGAUGCGAGGGCAGUGAGCGGUGACAGUUGCUAGGCGGAGACCUUUCCGUGAAGAAAGAUUUAAGAAAGGAUCAGGACAGGCGGGAGAUAGUUAACUGAAAGGAGUCUGCCUCACUGCUGGAACCAAACCAGAUGCCUUCUUCCACUUCACCAGACCAAGGAGAUGACCUGGAGGCCUGUGUUUUAAGGUUUUCAGACCUGGAUUUGAAAGACACAAGUCUUAUCAAUCCCAGUAGCAGUAUCAAAGCAGAGUUAGAUGUCAGUGCAAAGAAGAAAUACUCAUUUGCAAAGAAAAAGGCAUUUGCCCUUUUUGUCAAAACUAAAGAACUUCCAGCACCUCCUUCUGAGUAUAAAGAAAAAUGGUGGAAAUGCUGUCAGCAACUAUUCACAGACCAGACCAGCAUCCACAGACAUGUGGCAACACAACAUGCUGAUGAGAUUUACCGUGAGACUGCUUCUGUUUUAAAGCAGCUGACUGUGACAUCAAGCACCUCAAAGACUCUUAAGUCUGCAGACAAAAGAAACCCUUUCAAAGAAGACCUUACGCAUAACCAUGAAGUGUCUGCUUGGCUCCCUGAUAUAAGCUGCUUUAGCCCUGAUGAGCUGUUAAGUGGCCACAGCAAUGGUGAAGGGGAGGUGCUACUUUAUUACUGCUACUGUGACCUGGAGGAUCCUGAUUGGAUCUGUGCCUGGCAGACAGCUCUGUGUCAGCACCUGCACCUCACGGGCAAGGUUCGAAUUGCUACAGAAGGAAUCAAUGGGACAGUGGGUGGAAGCAAAUUGGCCACCAGACUCUAUGUAGAAGUCAUGCUUUCCUGCCCAUUGUUUAAGGAUUAUCUGUGUAAGGACGAUUUUAAGGUAAGAGAAAUUGAACAUAAAGUGGAUCGAGAGCCAUUUGCUUCUGCUUCAGUGCCUCUUCCCACUCCAGGCUAUGAAGAGGAUCACUAUAAAGAAACCAGCAAAGGAGGAGCUUGCUGUUUUCCAGAACUGCGUGUUGGUGUGUUUGCAGAGAUUGUGCCCAUGGGGAUCAGUCCCAGUAGGAUCUCCUAUAAGAAGCCUGGAAUCCAUUUAUCCCCAGGUGAAUUUCAUAAAGAAGUAGAAAAGUUUCUGUCUCAGGCAAAUCAAGAAGAAAGUGAUACUAUCCUACUGGACUGCAGAAACUUCUAUGAAAGCAAAAUAGGACGGUUCCAGGGCUGCUUAGCCCCAGACAUCAGGAAAUUCAGUUACUUCCCUAGCUAUGUUGAUGAAAACCUAGAACUUUUCAAAGAGAAGAGGGUGCUGAUGUAUUGCACUGGGGGCAUCCGUUGUGAGCGGGGUUCAGCCUACCUCAAAGCCAAGGGAGUGUGCAAGGAAGUGUUCCAGCUCAAGGGUGGCAUCCACAAGUACCUGGAGGAGUUUCCUGAUGGUUUUUACAAAGGGAAGUUGUUCGUUUUUGAUGAGCGUUAUGCCUUAUCCUUCAACAGUGACAUAGUGUCAGAAUGUUCAUACUGUGGGGCCCCAUGGGACCAGUAUAAACUGUGCUCCACUCCCCAGUGCCGCCAGCUCGUCUUGACCUGCCCUGCCUGCCAAGGACAAGGAUUCACAGCCUGUUGUGUCACGUGUCAAGACAAAGGGAGCAGGCAGGCUGCAAGCCCAGCCCAGAGCAGUUUUAAAGAGGAAUGCGAGUGUACAGCCCGACGGCUACGCGCACCCAGGGAGCUCUUACAGCAGGGGCGACUCCCUGCGAGCCCGGGGCCCAGGCCAGGUGAUGAUGAGGAUGGGCCAUGCUUACAUGAGCAGCCCCAUCUGCCUUUCCCCAAUCCUUCACAGAGCUAGGUUUGGGGCGACCAUGUAUUGGAGAAUAUUAGGGCUGUUCCAGCAGAGAAACAGGGAACUCUAGUGCUGCCAGAGCCACCAUGGCCAGCUGGUCACCAUGUUGGCCACCUGUCCUUCACAAGAGGAGGGAAGAGGGAGUUGGGUGCUGACCUCUUACUGGAGACAUUCUGACUCAGAAGAUGCUAGAGCACAGAAAAAGGUGAGCUGUGUAGGAUCCCAAAGCUGCUGAGGGAGAGAGCCUUGAGCCUGGUGACCAGGUCAUGCCCUUUCUGUGCCAUGCAGCAGGGCUGGGAGUAGUCAUUUUUCUUAUCAGCAAACCUGUCUGUCCUGAUGGCAGAAUGUGAAAGCUGUGGCCCUGGAAGUGGACUCCCCGGAACCAGGCCCCUUAGGUCAAUCUGCCAUCCACCCCUACCCUUCUGUCUUCUCUGCUAGCCUCAGAGCACUAGACCAGGAUCUGAAAACUAUGGCAUUUGGCCCACCUCCUUCUGUAAAUAAAAUUUUAUUGGAAUAGCCACACCCAUUCAUUUACAUAUGACCUAUGGCAGAAUUAAGUAUUUACAAGAGAGACAUUAUGGCCUGCAAAAGCUGCAGUAUUUCCAGGCGUACCUUGGAGAUGUUGUGGAUUCAAUUCCAAACCACCGCAAUGAAGUAAGUCACGUGAAUUUUUUGGUUUCUUAGUGCAUAUAAAACCUAUGCUUACAUUAUACUGUAGUCUGUUAAGUGUGCAAUAGCAUUAUGUCUAAAAAAACAAUGUGCAUAACCUAAUUUUAAAAAUUUAUUGCUAAAAAAUGCUAACUAUCAUCUGACAAUGCAGGGUUGCCACAAACCUUCAUUUUGUAAAAACUGAAAUAUCUGCGAAGCACAACAAAAAAAGGUGUGCCUGUACUAUCUGGCCCUUUACAGAAAAAAACUUGCCACCCCUAGUCUAGACCAACAGCUCCUCUGAUGGAGGAGAUGGUCUUAAAGAUGUGGUCUACCUUCAUGUUUCAUUGGUUUGGUUUCUGUGAGAGAUUUCAUCUGCUUUCCCCAACACCCACACUCUUAGCUCUGAAGUAUUCUCUUUGAGAGAUUCACAUUAGCUCGAUGACAUUAACACUUGGGCAGUUUUUAGGUGAACACCUCAGAAUACAAGACAUUCUGUAUGAGGUUAUUCAGCACUGCUGUGGUGGUUUCCCAGCCUCUAGCCACCAUGUCAGGCGCAUGUCCCUGGCCCACAAGUCCCAAGAAACACAUGCACAGCCAUUCUUAGACCAACAGAUUUAAUAUUAUAUUGCAGUUUCCAUUGAUGCAGAAUACAGCUGCAAUUGUGUUUCAAGGAGAAGCCGAGUGGGGCUGGCCGUUCCUGCAGCACGGAGCCACUCCUGGGCCCAUCUGCAGCCUCAGUAGACACUCCUCCAUAGUGGUGAGGCCCUGACUCCACCUCUGGUUACCCUGUACUGUCCCAUCAUUACAGUUCCGUGUGCAAGACUUUUCCUUUUUCGCCAAAAACCUCUCUGCUCAGUGCUCUGCAGCUUAGUCUGUGCUCGUCAGCUCUUUGGCUUGUCCUUUAUCGUAAGAUUUGCUGAAUCACUCACGAAAAUAACUCCCCAAGCAACAGAAAUACUAGUUUAACUGGCACCGUGGUAUAUUAAAAGGCACAAGGGCAGUGUGGCUUAACAUUUUUGCUGGAUCCUAAGAGAUGCACGUGAUGUUAAGGGAUCCAGCAGAAAUGCCAAAAUUACAUUUUCAGAAUAAUCAUCUUGGGUGGUUUGGCCAGGUUUCCUAGUUCUUAAAUAUCUAGAUUUUCUUCACCACUGACCUUUGGAGGCUUAAUUUACAGGCAUGAGAUCAGCGGUGACUUGUCUAAGAAGUGAUGCGAUAGGUAGUUGAAGUCUGUAAGCAUAAGCCAUGAUGGACUAGAAAUUUGUGUCUCUAGUGAUGUGCCUCACAUAAGGCAUUGGCCCACUGUGCAACAGAGAAAGGUGUUUUCAAGUAUUUGGCCAUAGGUUUUCACAUCCAUCGUAAGGUUGGCAUUCGAUAAGGAAAAAUUUCUUUCUGACUCCAGUAUUAAAUUGUAAAUAAAUCCCAGAUGUUCAUAAAGAACACCCAGGGAAAUGUUUGUCGCCUGGAAUUGGUUUAAAAAAAAAAAA